CAUGAGGUCUAGAUUAUAUCAAUAAGACAAAAAAAUUGUAGUAAAACUCAUUUAAUAUUAUAGAAUUUUUCUUUUGACUCUAAUCAAUAUGGGUUUCCUUAAACUACAAAGAAUAGAGAGAAUUAAAAAAGUAUGUUUGAGCCAGAUUUCUUUAUUCAAUAAAGUUCGUCUCCUAGAAAAAGACCUAAUAAUCGAGUUAUUAUUCGAAAAUUAUAAUAAGGUUUCAUAUAAAAUAACUCCCUCUAUAAAUUUUUCGACUCAGAUUUCCUAAACAUCAAAAAAACUCACUUAACCUACAUCAAAUUUGACAGAAAAAUCAGGUUCAUCCAUUGAAAUCCAGAAAGAUCUUAAUAAUAAAUAGGAUUCAAAGCUAUAAAACUCUAAUAAAUAACAUUUUCAUACAUAAAAUUAUUAGUUAAAAUUAGAGACAAAAAGUAAAGAAAUCUAAACUGAUCAUAAUGAUUUUAUAAAGAAUGAUUCUAUUGAAAGAGUUUAAGAAGCAAAAGUUGUUAAAUGUUUUCAAUAUCCAUCAUUUUAUUCAAUCUAUGGAAAAGUUAAAAAGUCAACUUCUAGAGAUCAUCACUCUUUAUAGGUAAUACUUUUAAUUUUUAAUUUAGAAAGCAUAUUCUCAUUUUUUAGAUGAAUCCGGGUCACCUAAAAACUAAACACCUUUAGAUUGGUCAAAAAUUAAAGUUCCAAUUAAUAAUAAUUAAUGUUUGAAAGAAUAUGGUAACUAUUUAACACAAUUUGAAAAAUAAGAAAUAUUAUCAUAUAAGGAUGUAUUUAAAAUAAUUAAACAUAGAUUUAUUAUAUAGGAUAAACUAAUAAGAAAUUUAAAAACUAGAUGACGUAGUUUAAUGAAGGAUUUGAUAAUCAAAAAGGAGAAUAUAUAAUAAAUAUUAGUGAUCAUGUAGCAUAUAGAUUUGAAAUUUUAGAAGUUAUAGGAAAAGGAAGUUUUGGUUAAGCACUUAAAGUAUUUGAUCAUUAAAAAAAUAUUAUUUCUUGUUUAAAGAUUAUUAGAAACAAAAAGAAGUUUUACAAUCAAUCUUUAAUCGAAAUAUAAAUAUUAACAUAUGUAAAAGAAAAAGAUCCUGAAAACAUAACUAACAUAAUCAAAAUUAAAGAUUAUUUUGUUUUUAGAAAUCAUGUGGUAAAAUUCUAAAGCUAAUUUUAAGUGUUUGAAUUUUGAAUUGCUCUCAAUGAAUUUAUAUGACCUAAUCAAAAUAAAUAAUUUUUCAGGACUACAAUUAGAGUUGAUUCGUAGAUUUGCCAUUUAAAUAUUAAAUUCGUUAAGUUUUCUAUACAAACAUAAUAUAAUUCAUUGUGAUUUAAAACCAGAAAACAUUUUACUAAAACAUCCAAAUAAGAGUGGCAUUAAAAUAAUAGAUUUUGGGAGUAGCUGUUUUGAAGAUUAAAGAAUUUAUACUUAUAUUUAAUCAAGAUAUUACAGAGCACCAGAAGUUAUUCUAGGAAUUCCUUAUAAUAAAAGUAUUGAUAUGUGGAGUUUUGGAUGCAUUCUAGCUGAAUUGUAUUUAGGAUAUCCUUUAUUUCCAGGUGAAAAUGAGCAAGAAUAGAUUAGUUUUAUUUUAGAAUUGCUAGGUUCUCCAGAUCCAGAAUUGCUUUUAGUAUCAAAUUUAAUUAAUUAUAAAGCUUGCUGAAAGGAGAAAAUUAUUUUUUAAAGAUUACCAUCCAUAUAAACCAUUAAUUUACUAAAAUAAAAGAGGAAAAGUAAGAAUACCUGGUAGCAAAAACUUGAAUAGUGUUUUAAGAUGUAAUGAUAAUUUAUUUAUUGAUUUUUUAACAAAAUGUUUGGUCUGGAAUCCAAAGAAAAGAAUCAAACCUAUUGAUGCUUUGAUGCAUGUAUUUAUUUUAGAGGGAUUACCUAGCACAAUUAGGCAUUAACAUAUUCAAUAUAUUUAAAAUGAAUAUUAAUCUUAAUUAUAGAAAAAAAAUCCUACAAAAUAAGGUGAAUAAGGAAUAUAAAUUUCUAUGAACUUUACUUCAGAACCAGAAAUAUAUCAUAAUUCUAAGUUGAAAAGCUAAGUAUUAACAUAAAAAUAUUCAUACAUAAAGUAACACUCAUAAGAAAAAGAAGAUGAAAAAGAAACUUAAAACGUUUCGAAAAGAUUAUCUUUAUCCUUUCACUCAAAUAAACAUUCUAAUUAAAAACAACCUCUUAUAUUUAGUUAUUUUCCAGAAACAACAAAAUGUUUAGUGAAAAAAAAGAAUUGA